AUGUUGAGAUCAAAGGAAGGUUUUUUCGAUAAGCUAGGACCACUUCCAUCGCCUCCGACGGAAAGAGGAAUUCUAUCCAUUAAAGAAAGCCAAAAAUCCAGGAAGUCGCUAAGAAAUGAAGUAAAGAAAGCGGCUUCAAAAGAAAAGUCCCAAUUACAGUUUAAAAGGAUAGGAGUAAGUAAAAGGACAGUGAGACUGAGAAAAAUUCGUUUCAAAAGAGAGAAAAACAAAGCUGACGUUCGUUCUCUUCCUCUGUGCAUCUCUGUGAUGGGGCUCAUCAUAAGCUUUUUUUUCUCAAGCUCAUCAUAA